AUGGCUACAGUAUCAGUCCCAAAACAGCAGAAGGCUGCUAUCAAACAGGGCGAAGGGGCAGAUUCUAAAGCACCUGUUCAGCAGAUCGACGUGCCGACCCCUGGUCCUACGGAAGUCCUGGUCAAGAUCAACUGGCAUCCAACCAGGACUGGACUUUGUGCUUCUGACAAGUCAUUGAUCAAGGAUGAGUGGGCGUCAUUUGGCCUGUCCAUGAAGCCCGAGACAAAAGGCAUUGCAGGCCACGAAGGUGCUGGUGUUGUCGUGGCCGUAGGAGACUCGAUGCACCACAAAUGGAAGGUUGGAGAUCGUGCUGGCAUCAAAUGGGUCUGGAGUACCUGUGGCGAAUGCGAGUUUUGUACAAACGGCGUCGACGAGCUGCAUUGCCCCCAGCAGAAGAAUUCUGGGUUUAGCGCCGCGGGAACUUUUCAACAAUAUGCCUUGAGCGACGGAAGAUACACCACUCGAAUCCCCGACGGCGUCUCUGAUGAGGAAGCUGGGCCCAUAAUGUGUGGAGGCGUUACAGCAUAUACCGCUUGUAAGCGGAGUGCUGUAAAACCCGGCCAGUGGAUAGUGUUGCCUGGCGCGGGCGGCGGCCUUGGGCAUUUUGCCGUGCAAUAUGCCAAAGCUAUGGGCAUGAGGGUCAUCGCCGUUGAUGGCGGAGACGAAAAGCGCGACCUCUGCAAACGACUGGGCGCGGAAGAGUUUAUCGACUUUACAAAAACUCAGGAUAUUUCCGCUGAGGUGACGAGAAUCACGAAGUACGGCGCCCAUGGAGUGAUUGUGACUGCAGCAACCAAGGAGGCUUAUGCGUCUGCUCCGGGAUUGCUCCGUCCAGGCGGCACGGUCGUGGCCGUUGGCUUACCCAAGGAUCCGACGGUGUUGGCGGGCGCUCCUCCCUUGCUGUUGUGCCUGAAAAAGUUGAAUAUUGUGGGUAGUGUGGUUGGGACAUUAAAAGAUGUAGAAGAAGCACUUGACUUUACCGCCCGGGGGCUGGUACACCCUAUCUUGACCAAAGGAACCUUGGAAGACCUGGACAAGUAUAUGGAUUUGAUGGUUGCUGGGAAACUUGCAGGAAGAGCCGUGCUGAAGGUAACGUGA